UUCCGCAUCUAAAUUCUCCCUCUCUUCUUAUUCUCUCUCUCCCUCUCUCUCCAAAACGAGAAAUAAUAGAGCCCUAAAAUCUCGAUCUGGAUGUCUGGAAAUCGACGAGCUCACACUAAAAAAACAAACACUAGCUCAGUUAACGUCUGCUUACCUAACAAAAACGACAUUCCGUUUGUCAAUCGUAGCCAUCUCUGAAAGGGGCCUAUGAUUUGUAUGCGUCUGAUCUGUGCACGCGGCAGCUUCCAGUGACGACCUCGCUACCACCGGAAACCGCCUCACUUAUGUGUAGGGGUGAGAUUAGGAGGUCAGGUAUUGUAAAUUUUGCUGGAUGCGUGUUACGUGCGGGUGGAUAAAUGCUUGUAACCGGGGAUCUAGGGUUUUCGAGCCUGAUCCUUCUACUGUGUGUGGUAUUUCCGGUGAUCGCCUUUCUAAUUCGCCGGAAAUGGCGGUUUUCCGUCGCCAGGCAGGAGGAGAUCAAGCGGUUGUUGGUUUUGGCUUCGGAGGAGGCUGCUAGGGCCGAGCUUGAGGCUACGGUUUCGUACGGUGCGGUUUCUGUUUCAAGGAAUAGUUACCAGUGUGCUGUUUGUUAUUCUCCUACCACUACUCGGUGUGCCCGGUGCAAAGCUGUGAGAUAUUGUUCUGGGAAGUGUCAAAUUAUUCACUGGCGACAAGGUCAUAAGGAAGAAUGCUGCCCUCCCAGUGCCACUUCUCACAUAAAUGAUGAUGGAGGUAAUUCUUCUCAGAAGUUGGCCAAACAAGACCAAGAUGAUAUUUAUGACAGCAGAAAUGGAAAUGCACCAGUUAAAACAUCCUCUGAGGUACAUGUAUUAUCAAAUACCAGUAGCACUCAAGGAGAUCCACAUGUAAAAGGUGAUGAUAUUAAAGUUGGCUCUGUUGGUGAUACAGAGGGAACAUCUAUUUCUGAAUCAUUGGGCACCUCGUUUUCUGGCUUCUCUACUUCACCUGCUGGUGGUGAAUCAUCUGAUGAUGUUUCUGUUAGUGAGAGUAUCAGUUCAAAUGAUGUUUCUGUUUCUGAGAGUAUCAGUUCAAAUGAACCUGAGGGAUCAGAUGGACAAAUAUCUUUUCAUACUGCCACUGAUGUGCUUGUGCCUGGUUUGAACAAGGUAGAUCAAACCAAGCCUCUGUCUCCAAAGUUUGUGAGGUUGAUUGAUUCUGUAGAUAGUAAUAAAUUCAGUAAAUUAAGUAAGAGUAAAUCUGGCAGCAAUGGUGGAGAGAAUUGGUAUGCAUCUACUCAUACUUCAGGUCAGAGCAUUAUUGCCAGGAACAAGGUUUCAAUAACUCAGCCUGGAAACGUUUCUUCUGGUUUCUGGGAUAGAACUCUCAGCUCUGUCAUGUCCAGCAAUGCUGUCCAGGCUGAUCCAGAUUUGUUGAGUUCCAGCAAAGCAGCUGACAGCAAGUUAUCUGAUUCUGAGUCAUUCCUACAUUUUAAGUUUCAUUUAUCUGGAUGUAAUGUUCCUUCAUCAAAUUCACAAUGCUCAGAAGUGAAAGGCAUCAGAUCAGAUGAUGCACAUCAGGCUGUUUUGGGGAAUGGUAGCCCUGUUGAUGGAGCAGCAUCAUCAGAAAACACCCAUGAUGAUCCUCUGAAAGUCAGGAGGUCCACAUCUGUGAGCUGCGAAAAGUCUAGUCAUCAUAUGGAUAAGGAAUCUAGUGAUUAUUUAAAUGUGCCAAAGACAACUGAGAUGAAAUCUUUGCCAUCAUCCUCUUCAUAUGCUCAUCUGCCUUCGAAUAGUGAAGCUGCUUUACGUGCAGUUGAUUCUAAUCUUUCAAAGUCCAAUGAUCUUAAAUCCCCAUCCUUACACUCUCACAGAUCGGAUGUUAGUGUCAAUAACACUGUCAGUACUUCAUAUCUAUCUAAGUCCAGAGUAUCAUUUAGUGCUUCUCAAACCCAUUUGGCAUCUAGGGACAAUGGGCAUUCAGUUCUAAAUGUGAAAUCUGGAAAACUUGAUAAUGUUGAAGCUGAAGCACUGACCACCUCUCCAACUAUUAGUGGGCUGAAAUCAUCAAUGCGGAAAGUUGUUGACCAACUCAGAGGACCUAAAUCUGGAAAAUACAGUGAUAAGGGGCUCUUUUCAUAUGAUUAUUUUGUGAAGCUAUAUGCUUCGAACAAGGUAGAAUUGCGACCUUGUGGCCUCAUCAAUUGUGGAAACAGUUGUUAUGCGAAUGCUGUACUUCAAUGCUUAUCAUUUACUCCUCCUCUGACUGCAUAUUUUGUUCAAGGACUCCAUUCUAAACAAUGUGUAAAUAAAGAAUGGUGCUUCACUUGUGAGUUUGAAAGGUUAAUUUUGAAGGCAAAGGAAGGGAUAUCUCCACUUUCCCCUAUUGGAAUUCUAUCCCAGCUUCAAAGCCUUGGAAGUCAUCUGGGUAGUGGGAGGGAAGAAGAUGCACAUGAAUUCCUGAGGUAUGCCAUUGAUACAAUGCAAUCUGUUUGCCUUAAAGAAGCUGGGGUGAAUGCAUUAGGCUCCUUUGAAGAAGAAACCACUCUCAUAGGUCUUACUUUUGGAGGCUACCUUCGCUCAAAGAUAAAAUGCAUGAAGUGCCAUUACAAGUCGGAGCGGCAUGAAAAAAUUAUGGAUCUUACUGUAGAAAUAGAAGGGGAUAUAGGGAAGCUUGAAGAUGCACUUAGGCGAUUCACGAGUACUGAGAUUCUGGAUGGAGACAAUAAAUACCAAUGUAGCAGAUGCAAAUCUUACGAGAAGGCCAAGAAAAAGUUGACAGUACUGGAGGCUCCCAAUGUACUCACAAUUGCAUUGAAGCGCUUUCAGUCAGGUAAAUUUGGAAAGCUCAAUAAGUCCAUUCGAUUCCCAGAGAUCCUGGAUUUAGCACCAUAUAUGAGUGGCACAAGUGAUAAAUCACCCAUAUAUAGGCUUUAUGGAGUAGUUGUUCACUUGGAUAUCAUGAAUGCUUCAUUUUCUGGUCACUAUGUGUGCUACGUUAAGAAUGUCCAGAACAAGUGGUUUAAGAUUGAUGACAGCACGGUAACACCUGUGGAACUUGAAAGGGUAUUGACAAAAGGGGCAUACAUGCUUCUUUAUGCAAGGUGCUCACCAAGGGCUCCAGGACUGAUAAGGAACAGAGUAGCAUCUCCAGAUCCGAAAAUAAAAGGCAGUCCAUCCAGAAUCAAUGCUAAGAAUACUGCACUGAAUUCAAGAUCCACAUCUUCUCACUCAAGUGCUGUUCGGUUACAUCCAAAUUCAAUUCCUCCGGAUAGGUUGGCCGGUGUUGAAUCUUUCUAUUUGAAGUUCCACCGCCUUCAAAAGAUUUUGGGAGAGGACUCAUCAAGUGACAAUUAUUCUUUUUCUAGCAGCAACUCCGAUGAGGGUUCAUGCAGUACUGAGAGCACCCGAGAUUCUAUGAGUACUGAUGACCUUUCAGAUUACAUUUUUGGUGGCUGUAGCAACUCUAGGAGGAACACAUUGGAUUCUGACACUUGUUCAUCAUCCUCUUCUUCCCCUUUGUAUUCAAGGCGCUCGCCUGAAACAAGGAGGUCUCGAAUUGAUCAUGCAGAUUCAGCAAUGGAGGGGGGUGAUUGGGAAGUCAAGGGAGGUGAUCCUUUUUUGCUUUCUGACAGGAGUAAACAAUUUAGAAAAUUAGGAAGUAGUAGUAGUUGUAGGGAGAUUGACUCAAAAUUAGGAUUGGUUAACCCUGUAAAAUCUGGCGUAUCCUUUAGAAGAUCAAUGAGCGAGAGGGCAGAUUAAGCAUUUUUCAGUCAGGUAAUUAAGAGUCGUAAAUAAGAGUUGAGAAAGAGGGGCUGUAUUUAAUGCACUCUUGUAUCUGGCUAUAUGUUUAAAAGAAAUUAGCCACCACCACCAUUUUGUCAACUCCUUUCCCUUCUCAAAGAGUGUAUAGUGCUAGGGACCCUUUUCCAGAAUGAGUCUCAAAAGGGGUUUCAACCCCGUCAAUUGUUUACUUCAGAAACAACAUAUUAAAUGAUAAGUUGUUAAUAAUAAUAUUACCCGAUCUUUUUUCCA